GGACACUUUGCUUUCAUCGUUACCGAUUCUAAUUUUCUCUGUCAGAGCAGUAACGCUGCUGUUAACUUCACUCAGACAGCUGUCAAAGCAAGUCUUUUCGUUCCGAACAGUCGGGACGCGAUCAGCUGGAAUUUAACAGCUGAAACAACAGAAACAACAACGUCCUCCGCCGUAGCUAGCAAGACAUGCUAAGUUUAGAAGGCUGUCAUACUUCGUCAAAGCUGGGUUUAACGCAGUGUGUUGUGCUGGCGGUUAUGUGUCCUGGCUCUGAAGUGCAGUGUUCGUGGUUUCAUGUAACGCUUGCGAGUCGCAACGAUUGUUUACAACAUGAAGCUAACGGUACUAGCAUGCUAUAUCCGUUUUUUCAUUAGCACGUUAGCUCCGGUGGGGUAACAAACCCGACGCAGAACUGUCCUGACGUUACACAAACGUCUCUGACAUACAGGAUUUUUAAAUAUCUUAGUUUGUUUGAGGUUUGAAAAUGUUGUAUAACUGUUACUCUGACUGUGUCUGUGCGGUUAGCUUGUCUGUGGCUUUGCUGUAGCUCGUUUUACUGUUGCGGUGUUGCAGUUUCCGUGACACUUCCGUGCAUAGUUACACAGUAGCCUUCUGGUUUUGCGAAAACCAAUGAUGAUUUGUUAAACUGUGUAGGCGAAUGUGUUUGAUUUGCUGCUGCUUUGGUAUGGACACAAGUUUUUAUACUUAUACAUGGUGAUACAGCCCUAACCCUGCGACUCAGUCGUUUGGGCUAUGAGACAAAUCAGUGGCAGAUUGGCUGAAACAUGGAUUUUAAUAGUUUACCCCCCUAAGAUACAGUAGAAGAAUUUGAAGACAGCAUUACACAAAAAAAGAUGAAAAUUCCCAAGAUGUCCAUCAAGUCUUCAGGAAACUCUAUUGAGAACCGUUUUGGAGAGGAGAGGAUGCCACUCAGGCAUAAAAAGGCCCUGUCACACGAUCAUGGACGCCCCCUCUCCAACUCUUCCAAGAGCCUUGCAGCUGUUGUGGCACGACUAGAGAGGAAUGCAGCCAACUCCUGUAUGGAGGGUGAAGAGGACCUGGAUGAGGAUCGGCUGGCUGAAGAAGGAGGGGAUGCAGAUGACGAAGAUGACGAUGUGGAGGCAGCACAUCGGCGACAUCAUCACCAGCAACAACAGCAACAUUUGGAGAUGGACACAGAUUGCGUGUCGGAGGUAGCCGCCGCUGUUGUUCCUCGAGUUCUGUACGAGGAGCUGGUUCACAGCUACAGGCAACAGGAGGAGGAGAUGAGGCGACUGCAGCAGGAGCUGGAGAGAACCCGUAGGCAGCUAGUGCAGCAGGCCAAGAAGCUGAAAGAGUAUGGCAGCUUGCUGACAGAAGUCAAAGAACUGAGGGACUUUAACAGGAGACUGCAAGAUGUACUUCUCAUGAGAUUGGGCAGUGAGCCUAUGCAUGACAAUGGCACUCAGACAAUCAAGGCUGAAGUGGUUGAACCUAUUGUUGAGACCCAGGAAAUGUGCAGAGAAGAAGCCAACACAAGCUCCAGCUACUCGCCCUCACCUAGAACAGUGUACACCUGCAACGAUGGGAAGGUUCAUCUUGGUGGUGGGAUCUGGGUGGAGGAAGAGAAAUGGCACCAGCUGCAGAGGACCCAGGGAGACUCCAAGUUCACAAAGAACCUAGCUGUUAUGAUCUGGGGCACAGAAACUCUUAAAAACCGUAGUGUCACGGGAGUUGCAACUAAAAAGAAGAAAGAUGCCCUGCCCAAACCUCCUUUGUCACCCAGCAAGCUGAAAAUCGUCAGAGAGUGUCUCUACGACAGAGUGUCUCAAGAGACGGCCGACAGCGCCGAGAUCACGCAGAGAUUGUCCAAAGUGAACAAAUACAUUUGUGAAAAGAUAAUGGACAUCAACAAGUCCAUCAAGAAUGAGGAGCGGCGAGAGUCCAAGCUGCUUAUCAGACAGACAGUCAAGAUGGAGAAUUUCACCUACGAUGGAAUAUAGUGACCAGCUGUCACGCCAGCGCCUUCUGCCCUGCGUGGUCUGCAGGACUUUUAAGGGGGACUUGGUACAGGCUGUUGGGAAAUGUCACUGUUCCAGGAGCGGUCAUAUUUUUUUUCAUACAUUUGAUUGAUUUUUCUGUGAAAUGUUAAAACACAUCGGUCCCACGCCACCUUCUCUGAGAGGUGAGCACCACAUUUUUCAGCUGCGUGCCAGGCAGCUUUACCCACCAGUUAGAACUUGUGGAAUAGUUUGAUCUGAGCUGGAAUGAGCGUUUUUAUAAGCUUUACCAUGGCGUUGGUACAGAGACGCGUGCACAUGUAUCAAAAGAGAAAUGAGAUGUGAUUAUUAAUUUAUUGUUCUGUGUCAGAACAUCCUUUUGAGUCCUUUAACUUUUAAAAAGUAAGAGGUUAUUUUAGUGGCUAAAGUCUUCUGAUGCUGUAAGAGUGAUGAUGCUGGCUGAUGUUAGUUCUUAGACGUAUGAGCUGUCAGUUGUCUUUUUGGGAACGAUCCAGGAACUGUGGGGAAAUUGAAUGUUGGUACUUAAUGCAUAGAAUGGGACAUCAGGGUCUCAAACGCACAAGUCUUAAUUAGUAACAGCCAUAUGUCAUUUUGCUCCAAGAGAUUAAUUUUGAAUGUGUGUUGUUAAGUCCUUUAACUCAUCCGUUCAUAAGGAGAGAGGUUUAUUAGAAAGUUUCUCAGAUUUGAGAUCAACAAUAUCAUUAGACUUUUUUAGAGUUGUGAGAAUCUGCCAUCAGUGUUUAUGAGCACUUGAGAGGUUUAGGUGACAUUUGUGUGUUAAAGCUGUCGGAGAGCUUGACAGCAGACAUGUAGUGGUACAGGCAUUUUGAUGCCAAGGACAGCCUUAAACCGAUUUGGCAAUCACCGGGGCCUGGUUUGUCCCUGGGUUUUCUAGUAAGCUGUGAUUGUAAUUGUUCAGUAAGCUGAAGUGACGAAGCUUCACCUGCACUUUGCUGUGAGAAUGCAAGAGGUAGCCAGGUACUGUUUAGUGUGUGGUUUGCAUCAUUCGGGUUGGGAUGAACCAGACGCGGGGCUCGGCUCGGCUCGGCUCGGCUCAGUCUGGGUCAUCUUGAUGCUGAGGCUGUGGGUAAAGCUGUCUGCUGCUGCUGCACUAUGUCUCCAUGAGGUAGUCUGGCCCUGGUGAACCUCAUAAUAACUGUUGUCUUUGAGCCUCACCACUGGGGGGGGGG